CGUACUGGGCAGAACUCAGCAACAUGGCUGUUGUGUGCGCUGCCUCCCGUGUCCUCGGAAGAAAAAUUGUAUCGUUGAACGCUCUUCCAGCAGUAUGUCAGUCAAGCAACCGCAAACUGCAUUUCUCCAUCUAUGGCAAAAAGGGAGAUGCCAAAGUUUCAGAUGGUAUCUCCACUCAGUAUCCAGUAGUAGAUCAUGAGUUUGACGCUGUGGUUGUUGGAGCCGGUGGCGCGGGGCUGCGUGCGGCGUUCGGUCUGUCGGAGGCCGGCUUUAACACGGCCUGUGUCACCAAACUUUUCCCAACCCGAUCACACACAGUGGCUGCACAGGGUGGGAUUAAUGCUGCACUGGGCAACAUGGAGGAGGACGACUGGCGCUGGCACUUUUAUGACACAGUGAAGGGAUCUGAUUGGCUGGGAGAUCAGGAUGCUAUUCACUAUAUGACAGAACAAGCCCCUGCUGCAGUGGUGGAGCUGGAGAACUUCGGCAUGCCGUUCAGCCGCACCGAAGAUGGGAAGAUCUAUCAGCGAGCCUUCGGAGGUCAAAGUUUGAAGUUUGGUAAAGGCGGACAGGCUCACCGAUGCUGCUGUGUGGCAGACAGGACGGGUCAUUCUCUUCUUCACACGCUCUAUGGACGGUCUUUAAGGUAUGACACUAGCUACUUUGUUGAGUAUUUUGCUCUGGAUCUGCUGAUGGAGGAUGGAGAGUGCAAGGGAGUCAUUGCUCUGUGCAUGGAGGAUGGAUCCAUACAUCGUUUCAGAUCCAAGAACACAGUCAUUGCCACAGGUGGUUAUGGCCGCACAUUUUUCAGCUGUACUUCGGCACACACUAGCACAGGAGACGGGAAUGCCAUGGUGACACGUGCUGGUCUUCCCUGCCAGGAUCUUGAAUUUGUUCAGUUCCACCCCACAGGUAUCUAUGGUGCCGGGUGUCUGAUCACAGAGGGGUGCCGUGGAGAGGGUGGAAUCUUACUUAACAGUGAAGGUGAAAGAUUCAUGGAGCGCUAUGCGCCCAAUGCCAAAGACUUGGCUUCCAGAGACGUGGUCUCACGAUCCAUGACCAUUGAGAUCAGAGAAGGAAGAGGUGUUGGCCCAGAUAAAGACCACGUGUACCUUCAGCUCCAUCACCUACCGCCGCAGGACCUGGCUGCCCGCCUGCCAGGCAUCUCUGAAACCGCCAUGAUCUUCGCCGGGGUGGACGUUACAAAAGAGCCCAUCCCCGUAUUACCCACCGUCCACUACAACAUGGGAGGCAUCCCUACCAACUAUAAGGGACAGGUCAUCACCUAUGAGAAUGGAGCGGAUAAGGUGGUGCCAGGCCUGUAUGCCUGCGGUGAGGCCGGCUGUGCGUCAGUGCAUGGUGCCAACCGCCUGGGCGCAAACUCUCUGCUGGAUCUGGUCGUGUUUGGACGUGCUUGUGCCCUGACCAUCGCUGAGACAGAAACUCCAGGAGAAAAGCUUUCCCCUCUGAAACCCAAUGCAGGAGAGGCGUCUGUCUCCAAUAUGGACAAGAUCCGCUUCGCAAACGGCAGUGCCAGGACAUCAGAGAUCAGGCUGAACAUGCAGAAGACCAUGCAAAAUCACGCGGCUGUGUUCCGUACUGGAGAUGUCCUGAAGGAGGGUUGUGUCAAGAUGGAUGAAAUCUACAAAACAAUGGAUGAUAUCAAAACAUUUGACAGAGGUAUUGUGUGGAACACUGAUUUGGUGGAAACUCUAGAGCUGCAGAAUUUGAUGUUGAACGGAGUGCAGACAAUCGUCUCCGCUGAGGCCCGUAAAGAGAGCAGAGGUGCUCACGCCCGAGAGGACUUCAAGGACCGUAUGGACGAGUAUGAUUUUUCCAAACCACUGCAAGGGCAGGUGAAGAAGCCUUUUGAUCAACACUGGAGGAAACACACACUCUCCUAUGUAGAUCCCAAAACAGGAAAGGUUACUCUGAAAUACAGACCUGUGAUUGACAACUCUCUGGACGCAGAAGAGUGUGCUGCCAUUCCCCCUGCGAUCCGAUCCUAUUAAACACAUCCCACCCAGACUCUCUGCUUGUUCAUAAUCAAUGAAAUAAUGGAGAAAUAUCUUAAAUAAUUAAUAUCUUGCUUUUGAUGUUUGCACUUGCUACAAAAAUGACACUUCAGUAUCAAAGAGCAUAAACAAUUGCUAUACUUGUCAUAUUUGACUGUUCUGCAACUUAAGUGAACUGUAACCGCUGUGCAAAAUUUGUGCAUAUUCUCUGAAACGCAUCCAUUGCAGUUGCUUUAAAAUGCUGGUAAGUCGUCAAAUAUUUAAUAUUUAAAUAUUAAAUGAAUGUCAUAAUACUGUCAGGAAGCACUUUGCAGCUUAGGAAAAUAGAUAAAAAGUGAACAACAACUCAGUUAAACAGUGUGUGAUGCCAAUGCAUUGCGUGGUUUUACAUUGGACCAGGUGGGCCAUUCAUUCUUUAAUAUACUCUCAUAUUUUCACUUGUAUGUAACGUUUCUGUACAUCUUGCAUGUUCUGUUUUGUAGGUUCUAUUUAAACCCAAUAAAGAUGAUGAGGGUGAUGAAAAUCGA